AUGGCGUCGAGCGGCGAGAAAGCGGGGCCGAGGACGGCGGUGGAGGGGGGAGAGGGCGGCGGGGGGAGCUUACCGCCGGGGAGGGGGACGACGGUGGGGUCGCACGUGCUGGACAAGGGGGCGGCGGCGCUGCAGGCGCUGCGGCCGGUGCGGCAGAUGAAGCAGCACGCCUGCAGCUUCGCCCUCUACGCCCACGACCUCGCCCGGCAGGUCGAGGCCCACCACUACGCCGCCCGCCUCAACCAGGACUUCCUCCAGUGCGCCGUCUACGACUCCCCCGACUCCGCCGCCCGCCUCGUCGGAGUGGAGUACAUCGUAUCGGAUCGCAUCUUCGAGACGUUGCCGCCGGAGGAGCAGAAGCUGUGGCACUCUCACGCAUACGAGAUCAAAUCCGGUCUGUGGACGAACCCGGGGGUGCCGGAGAUGCUGCAGAGGCCGGAGCUCGCGAACCUGGCGAAGACCUACGGCAAAUUCUGGUGCACGUGGCAGGUCGACCGCGGGGACCGGCUCCCGCUCGGCGCCCCCGCGCUGAUGAUGUCGCCGCAGGCGGUGGAUCUGGGCAAGGUGCGGCCCGAGCUGGUGCGGCGCCGCGACGAGAAGCUUGGGAUCUCAACAGAGGAUCUGCGGGAGUCGCGGGUGGAGAUGGAGGAGCCGGAGUGGAUCAAUCCGAAUGCGGACUACUGGAAGCAGCACGGCAAGGGGUUCGCCGUCGACGCCGUGCCGACGGAGAUGAAGCGCACGGCGCCGUUUCCGUGAUGGUUUUAGGGGGGGUUAAUUGUUGCAGAGGUAGAGAAUGCUGGUGGUUUUGUGAGAUGUUUAAAGAUGUUGCAUGUUUAGGAUUGUGGACUCAGGAUUUUCGACUUGGAAAUAAGAGUGGGCUUAUGUAUGCUCUGUACUUGUAAUUAUCAGUUAGUUACACUAAUUUUAGUAGUAAUAAUUGGUACA